CUAAACUAGCUUUAGCCACGAAUCAAAAUUACAGGCCACUCUCUUCUCUCCUGGCCUGCCUGCCUGCCUGUCUGUCUUCAAUCUUCUUCCACUUCCCCAAAGUCUCCUAUGAAAAUUUCAAAGUCUUUUGACGGCAACAACACGUCCCAUUAAACUAUAACCCGAGACCCAUUUCGUCAGUCCCUAGACCUAUGCCAAACGCGUCUCUCACAUCCACCCAUUCACCAUGGCCACUCCUAUGCAAUACUACCGAGAUUUGCCGCCGGUGGCCAAGACUUUUGGGGUGCUCUGUUUGAUGUCCACCUCUGCUUACCAUCUGGGGCUCUACAAUCCCAGGACCAUAGCUCUGUUCUAUGGAGAUGUUCUGAAACGUUUGCAGGUUUGGAGGCUGAUUACAAAUUUCUUCUUCCUGGGGCAAUUCUCUCUGCCAUUUGCUUAUGAAAUUUUGCUAAUAGCGUACUAUGGCGUGCGAUUGGAGAGGGGGCCGUUCGACAAGAGGACGGCGGACUACGUGUGGAUGUUCAUCUUCGCCGCGAUCUCGCUGCUGGUGAUGGGAGCUGUUCCGAUGUUGUGGUCGCCAUUCAUGGGGAAUUCAUUGGUGUUCGUCAUCGUCUACGUCUGGAGCCGCGAGUUCCCCAACGAGCGUAUCAACGUUCAUGGCCUCUUCGAACUCAAGGGCUUCUACCUUCCUUACUAUGUUAUUGCAGUGGAUCUAAUCAUUGGGAACCCUUUGAAGCCCGAUCUCCUUGGCAUGGCCGCUGGCCACUUGUACUAUUUCUUGACGGUUCUUUAUCCGCUUUCUGGCGGCAAAUACGUCUUCAAGACUCCCCUCUGGGUUCACAAGCUAGUGGCAUUCUGGGGGCAAGGAUACCAAGCAAAUGCUCCAGUGGGCAGAUAUGCUUCUACCGUGCCCGCUUUCCAGGGAAGAAGCCACCGCCUCGACGGCAAUCGGACCACCCCUCAGCCUCAGCCUCAGCCGCAGCAGCCCCACCAAGCCGACGGUGUAAUUUUCCGUGGCAGAGGCCGCCGGCUUAGUGACCAGUAGUCGCCGGCUUAGUGACAUCUACUAAUCGAUGCAUGCGUUCUUCAUCUCAUUUGCGUGGGUUAAAAUGUUCUAUAAAAAUACUAUUAAUUAAUGUUACACCAUCUCGUCUUGAACUAAUGUCCGUUGUGUUAUUGUAUGAAAUAAAAAAGAAUUAGGAACAGUAAAAUAAAGGCUUUUUUUUUUAAGAAAUGAUAAUAAUAAUGAUUGACCCUGACCUUUGAAAAGGUCAAAUUUGCACACUGGCAAACAGU